UUAUUUAAUUUAGCCGUAAAAUAGUUUUUUUUUUCUUGAAACCAGUUUAAAUUUUUUUCCUGUAUCUUAGGUUGAAACAUUUUGUAUAUUAAGACUUUAUUAAAAUUAAUAAAUUUAUAAACAAUAUAAGCAAAUGAAUUGAAUUUUUAAAAAUUUGAAGUGAUUUUUAUAUAUUAAAAAAAUUAAUAAUUAUAAUUAAUAACCGAAACAAAUUAAAUUCAACAAACGCAAAAAAAAGGCUUAAUAUUAUUAAAGAAAAUUUCCUAUACGUUUUGCAGAAAACCAACAAGAAAAAAAUAAAAUUCAAUCUUAAAAAACAAUAAUAAUUGUUCUUUUUCAAGAAACAAAGUAUAUAGAAAAUAGUAUAAAAAUAACGGCAAGGCAAAAGGAAACUAUCAACAACAACAAGCUUUGAAAUAAAAUCUAUACAGCGCUAUCACAUAUACAUAUACUAUAAAUACACUACUAACUAAAGCGACAAUUGGAUUACAGUUGGAAGAACAAUAUGAAAAUUGCUUACGAAAGCUAAUUUUCAUCUUAAAUAAACUUAAAGAAUUUUGAGGCUUAAACAUUAUCAGAAGAUAAUAUUAAAAAAAAUAACCUAAAAAUUAUUGAAUUCAAGUUUCUGUGUAAAAAAAAUACCAACAAACUGGAUACUUCAAUAAAAACAAAUAUACCGAUGUCAACAACGGUAAUGGAUUUAUAUCAAAAAGAUGAUGGAUUUAAUUCAGAUGAAGGAAUCGAAACAUUAUCUUCAAGUCCAGUUUCAAAUGCAUCACUGAUAUCUACAUCAGAUCAUGGCUCUUUUGAAAAUGUUACAAAUGACAACGAUGAAGAUGAUGACAACGAUGAUGAUGAAACCGACGAAAAUUAUUUAAAUCAUGAUGAAACUGAUGAUGAAGGUGAUGAUGAUGAUGAUGUUAAUGUAGGAUCUCAACGUUUAGCUGUGUUAUCUUUUGAACAAGUUUCUAAAUUAAAUGAUGUAAUGAACGAAACAGUUUCUAUACAUGGACGUGGAAAUUUUCCGACUUUAGAAGUAACGCUAAAAGAUUUAGUUGCGCUUGUUAGGAAGAAAUUAGAAUUGGAUGUACAAUAUGGUGGAGCUGGUAUGUUAGUUAAAGAUAUUCGUUUAAAUGGUGGCGCCGCUAGUCAUGUAUUAUCAUCAGAAAAUCAAUCAUAUAAUGAUUUAGAUUUAAUAUUUGCGGUCGAAUUCAGUUCAAAUCGCCAUUUUGAUCGUGUUAAAGCAGCCGUCCUUAGCACUUUAUUAGAUUUACUACCAGAAGGAGUAUCCAGACGUCGUAUUAUGCCAUGUUCAUUAAAAGAAGCAUAUGUUGGUAAAAUGGUUAAAGUAAAUAAUAAUAAUGAUUGUGAUAAAUGGAGUUUAAUAUCGCUGGGUAAUUCACCUGGUCACAAAAAUGUUGAAUUAAAAUUUGUUGAUACAAUGCGAAGACAAUUUGAAUUUAGUGUUGAUUCAUUUCAAAUUCAAUUGGAUUCAUUAUUAUUAUUUUAUGAAUGUGCAGCAUUACCAAUAUCAGAAAAUUUUUAUCCAACCGUUGUCGGUGAAUCUGUUUAUGGUGAUUUUCAAGAAGCCUUAUAUCAUUUAGAGAAUAAAUUAAUUGCAACACGAAAUCCAGAAGAGAUACGUGGUGGAGGUUUAUUAAAAUACUGUAAUUUAUUAGUUAGAAAUUAUAAAGCAGUUGAUAAUGAUAAAAUUAAGACUUUAGAACGUUAUAUGUGCUCCAGAUUUUUUAUAGAUUUUCCAGAUUUAGCAACACAAACUAUUAAAUUAGAAGCAUAUCUAAGGAAUCAUUUUUGGGAAACUGAUGAGGAAAAUUUACAAUAUCAAUAUUUAAUGCAUUUGCGACAAGUUGUUGAAAAUUCAACAGUUUGCCUAAUGAGCCAUGAAAGAAGGCAAACAAUCUCAUCUAUACAAUCUUUAGCUAUGCAAAUAUUAUGCCGUGAACAUCAGAAACAACGAAUACAACAUCAAGAUAAAUUAAGAAGACAUAAUUUGGUAAUAAGUCAACAGCAACAAUUAAUACAACAACAAAAUGAUAAGAUUAUACAACAGCAAUCACAACAACAAAAUCAACAACAAUCGCAACAAAUCCACAUGCAGACUUCACAACAGCAACAGCAACAUCAGGAACAGCAGCCACAUCUUAUACAAAUACAGCAACCACAAGAUCAAAUACAAUUAUCGACAACAGAGCAACAGCAGCCACCUGCAACUUCACAUAUUCAAUUAACAAGCGGUCCUCCAAGUUUUUUAUAUGCUAAUGGUAUAUAUUAUGCUUCUGUGAUUCCUACAACAAUAUGUACUUGUCCAACAACAUGGCUGAGUGCAACAUAAAAAAAUGUAUAAAAAAUUUUUUUAUUUGUUAUUACAAUACAUUAUAAUAUUAUAUAGAUAUAGUUAUCUAUCAGAUAGAUGGAAAAUAUAAAUAAUCAAUGUUCAAUUUAUUUAAUUAAUGUUUUUAAAUAUGUAUACGUAUGCAUAAUAUCCUCUUAAUUUAGAAAUAAUUAUUUUUACAAAUAAAAAAAAAAUUUUUGGAUCCGUAAGUUAAAAAUGAAAAUAAAAAACAAAAACGUUUCCUUAAUAAUAGUUAAUAAUCAUAAUUACAAUUAUUAGUAUUUCUAUUUUACUUCUUACAUGAAAAAAAAAGAAUGUUAUUUUCCUAAUUUUCAUUUUAUUUAAUAAAUUUAUUAUGUAUUAUUAUAAAGUUGCUCUUUUUAUGCUGUAAGUUGUAACAAAAUUAAAUAUGAGACAGAAACUUCUUGCAUUAAAAUGCAAGAGUAAUUAAACUUAACUUAUACUUGAAAAAAUGAAUUCACAAUUAUAAAAAAUAAUUGUAAAAUAAUUAAAUAUAAAAAAAAUAUAAAUUAUAAGGUGUUUUUGAAAAUUAAGAACUACAUUGGCAAUUCUUAACUCGAGCUAAAAUAUUUAAAAUGGCAGCAAUUCGAAAAACGACAGAGAAGAAUAUUAAACUAUUUUUUAUUUGCACUAAAUUUUCCAUAGUGCUGCCAGUAAGUUCUUACUUAACUAACAUGCCAGCGAAAUGGUAAUGUUUUAGUAGACGCUAUUUUCACGGUUAUUGAAAAACAUUUGCUUUUCUAACAAACUGUCAAUGUGGUACUAAAGUUAGAAUUACAUUUUCAAGGACACGGUAUAUUUUGCCUAAAAAUUUUCAUUAAUAAAUUAAUGCCCAUUUAAUUAUACAAUUAAAAAAAUAUAUUUAUAUACAUUUAAUGUUUAUAAG